AUGGGUUGUCUAUUGGUUAAAGUGAAGGCAGCGGGUGUAAAUCCUGUUGAUACUUAUAUUCGAGAGGGAAAUUUCAUCAAACUUCCAAACCUGCCGUAUAUCCCUGGUAAAGAUGGUGCUGGUGUUGUUGAAGCUGUUGGAGAACAAGUCAGUGAUUUCAAGGUUGGACAAAGAGUGUAUUUUUGCACGCUUAAAAGUACUUCACAGUAUGGUUCUUAUGCAGAAUAUAUAGCUGUUGAUGAGAAAGUAACCUUUCCAUUAGUCGACAGCUUAACUUUUGAAGAAGGUGCAGCUAUAGGAAUACCUUAUUUCACAGCUUAUAGAGCAUUAAUACUCAAUUAUCAGACCUGGAUCGUUUGUUAUGUCCCGUUAGGGCAUUUGGAUGUUAUGUGGCUCGUACGGAACCGGCUUGUUAUUCAUUGGGAUCCUGCAGUGUCCAGGGAUUUAUCACCCAUUACUUUAACCAGGUGGCUUUGGAAGUUGAUUCAUGUAGCCUAUUCUGGCUUAUCUGUUAACGAUUGCAAUGUGCUCCACAUUGCCUCUCACCAGAUUCGGCAUCUUUUGAUGUAAUUGGCUGCCCAGCUGAACUGUUCUCUGGAGGACAUUUUGCGGGCCGAUAUGCGGACUUCUCCCGACAGUUUCGUAUCUCAUUACCUUCAUGAUCUGGCAGUUUCCUCUUCCAUAGGAUUUUGUCCCCCUGUGGCUGUGUUGACAACCUCUGCCAGAUUUUAACAAAGAGGUGAGUAACUUUCUUACCUGAUUUACAGUUUUUUUCUUUUUCUUCUAGGGUCUCUCUUUAUUUCUUUUGGAUCCCACUCAGUGGCGAGUGUUGCCCAGUCAGGUAUGCUUGUAUUUUAUAUUCUGCAAUAGCAACCUCUAUAUUGGUUCAUGGUUUCAACAGGCUCUGUCAAGAUGAGGUGUUCCAUAAGACCAUCUGGAUGCAAAUGGAGUAUCAUGAUCAAAGCUAAAGGGGAUUUUGCCAGUCCCUGCUGAUCUUAGAGACGAAUCAGUCAAGAUAAGUUUGCUUUUAAAAACUUAGGGAACAUGGUUCGCCUGUUGCACUGUCUCCGGAGACCUGUUCCUUGGGACUCCCCAAUGACAUGUCCCUCUUGCUUCUACUAGUGAAGUUAGGGGGUCCUUACCACACCCAGUUCCCAGUUGCUGGUGUUGUGGGGGACAGAGGAUUUUCCUUCGGGGGGUUGAGUUUUCUCUACUCUCGGAGAAGAGGGUAGAGUUGGGGACCCUUCUACCUGGGUACCCGGAAGUUUUUCCCGGAUGUUGGUAGGAGCAGGACCAACUUUUGCAGGAGCCUACUCAUAAAACCAGUCCAGAUUUGACGCUUAGCUAUUUUGUGGGUGUGGGUGUGUUUGGACCCUCUUAUGAACACUUUAAGCUCUUAGGUUUUUCAUUCAGGGGGUCCACUAUCUCCUCGUAAAUCCGAAUGUGAUGUGGCCCCAUCUUAGGCCCUUGGUGGAACAGUGUUCCACAUCUUCUCUAUAAUUCCAUGGGUAAGUGGAAUUCUCCUUGUCCACUUGACUGAGGAGUGAAGAUGUCUGUUCAAAAUGCAGACCAGAUGAGUUCUGAACCUUGGGUGAAGUAUGGCAUACAAUUCCAUCAGUCCAGGCCUGGGAUGUUGCCUUUUGGACUUCUUCAGGUUGAUCAGAAAUCUGGUUGUUUGAAAUGCAUCAUUCCAUGGGUUAGUGGAAUUCUCCUUGUCCACUUGACUGGGGAGUGAAGAUGUCUGUUCGAAAUCCAGACCAGAUGAGUUCUGCACCUUGGGUGAAGUAUGGCAUACAAUUCCAUCAGUCCAGGCCUGGGAUGUUGCCUUAUGGACUUCUUCAGGUUGAUCAGAAAUCUGGUUGUUUGAAAUGCAUCAUUCCAUGGCUACUGGUGGGGAUUCUGUCACAAAGAUAUGUAUAUAUUUGCGGUCUAACUGCCCUGGCCACUAAUGUGGGAUACGGGUACCAUGACCCCUUAAAUCCAGCCCUGAGUCGUAGAACCUCGGCUGUGUGGUUGGGGUUGGCCCAUCAUACUUGUUUAAUAUUCCACCCUUUUCACUUUUUUGUAGUUCUGGGUGAAGAGCAUACCUGUUCUGGAUGUAGUGUGGUGUUCCCCACUUCGGUACCACUUCGUUCUAUGUAGAUGCUUUCUGUAUGAUCUAUGCCCUCACUGGCUCCUCCGCCUUCUCAAUGUGGGAUUCUAGCUAUAAGUGUCAGCGAAGAUAUGUAUGUUUUGGAAGUUAUCAUUUUUCCUAAUCUGAAAAUGUAUUUCCAAACAUAGUUACUUCCGCUGACACUCUCCAUUCUUUCCUCCCCACUAAGAGCCAGUGUUAGUGACCAGGAUGGGGUAAGUCUCGAAAAAGUGAUUAUAUUUUCUGCAUACAGUGCUUAUAUACAGUACCUGCAUAGAUGGUGUGUAAGGGCCGGUGUAAGGUUUUACAAAUUAGAUAUUGCCGAGGGCAGUCGAGUGGGGUAUAUAAAGACUGGAGCAAGCAAACACAAUGUUAAAUGGCAAAGAUGGAGAUUGAGAAAUAGCUAUAAGUGUCAGCAGAGGUAAGUAUGUUUGGAAAUACAUUUUCAGAUUAGCAAAAUGAUAACUUUAAAGCUUACCCUGGGCAGCGAUGUUCAGUUGUACUCUGUUUUUUAGGUCUGAUCCUUCCUCUAGUGUACUUGGUGCCUAGUGCAAGAUCAGUGAAGUGGUUCACUGUUCCAUAAAGUAGUCUUUGUACAUCCUCAAGUAUAGUUUAUUUACAGAUGCAUAUUAGGUCUGUGGUAUGUAGGGGAGGGUUUUGUUCACAUCAGUCUCUUGGAA